UCACGUAAGCGCAGAGCGCUUCCCCUAUCGCGUUUCAUCGCUCACAUGCUCUCAACUAUGCAGGUUUACCACAGGUUAUGACAGUGCCAAAGUUAUUUUGAAGCCUGUUGCUGAUGUUAAGACUCUUAUGAUGUUUUGAAGUAAAUGCCCCAUUUUGCGUGUAGGGAAGCGUUUAUACCAUUUAUGCGUUGUUGCAAGAUGACCACUUAUUUUCAUGUAGCCUAAACUGGUGGUGUGGGGGAAAGUAAACUCGCUCGYUCCGAUGGCAUGAAACGCAACCGCUACCUUUGGUUUCAGAAAGGAACAGUGAAUUCCUACUCAGGUGUGAUCGAGUUUUCCUCCGAGAACUGCUCGCACCAUCAAGCAACAUAUAGGCCUCUCAGYGAUUAAACCGGUCAAGACUACCUGGAGUGACUGUGGAUCGCGGGCCACCAUGCAAAGCGCCGAAGAUGCGAAGCGGAAAUUGGAUUUGUUGGAGGAUAAUCAAAUGGACUCUGGUGUUGAAUCCUUCCAAUCAUUAAUGAAAGAUGACCCCUUUAUCAAAACAGAUCGGGAUUCGACUUCGGAACCCAGUGAAGCCAGGGAUAAAUUGACUAACACCAGCACAGAGGAGCGGUUGGAUUCUGCUUAUGGCUCAUCGUCACUAAAUGUUGAGAGUUUGAGUGAGAUUAUAGGGGGCUGCAACAUUUCAAAGUCUAAAGAUGACAGCGCAGAGAACACAGAAUGUAGUGAACAUGAAGAAAACCUUCUCACCACCAUCACUGAAGAUGGAGACACAGUCCUGCAUUUAGCCAUCAUCCAUGAAGAUGAACACUUUGCCAACCAGUUGAUACAGCUGUUCCCCAAAGAUGUCUUGGACAUCCAGAACAACUUGUACCAGACGCCGCUACACCUUGCCACCUACCUGAGCCUGUCUUCGGUGGUGCGGGGCCUUGUGGAGAGCGGGGCCAGCCUGGAGCUCCAGGACCAGGAGGGCAACACGCCGCUCCAUGUGGCCUGCGAGCAGGGCCAGGCCAAAUGCGCCACCGAGAUGACCCGGGAUGUCUCCCCCAGCAAGCUGGGCUCCGUGCUGGAGACCCAGAACUGGAGAGGUCUCACCUGUCUCCACUUAGCCACUGUGAACAGACAGCAUUGUCUGAUGAAGCUACUGAUGAAGAAAGGMGCAGACCUCAACAUCCAGGAAGGUACAAGUGGUAAGACAGCUCUCCAUCUGGCCGUGGAGCUCCACGACGUGAUCUCUGUGACUCUGCUGCUGAACAAGGGAGCUGACAUGGACGCUGCGAUGUUUAACGGCUGCACGCCACUUCACCUGGCGGUGGGCCGGCAGGACGCAGCCAUCGCCAACCUGCUCUGCCAGUCUGGGGCCGACAAGAUGCUGAGGAACAUGGAGGAUGAGACGGCACUGGAUCUAGCCGAUGGCAAUGAUGAUAUCCUUGCUCUUUUCCCUUUUGAUGACAUUCAAAUCCAGGGCAGGUCAGUGGUUGGAGGGCCAUUCUGAGUGUACUCUCACCACCUGAAUAUACUCUACAGCUGGAGACAUUUUGAAUCUUGAACAUCUUGAGCCUCAUCGGAAAAUUGUAGCUUUACUUCAAUCAUGUUUGUUAUUGUGUGAUGGUUUACUUUCAUUUAUAUUGCAUGUACACUGAGUGAACAAAACAUUAGGAACACCUGCUGAUAUAGACUGACCAGGUGAAUCCAGGUGGAAGCUAUGA